ACCCACGAGCACUCUGUGCAUUUGAACCGAGUCCCCUCUCCGCCCCGCUGUCUCCUCCACCGGAGGCGGGCAAUUAGAGGUCUGAAGAAAUAGGUCUGCGAUUGCUGGGCAGAUGAAUUAGUUGGCGUUCAGUGUCUGUAUGGAGGGUAAGUUCUGUGCGCAGGGGGCCAAAAAUGUCGGGGAUGUAUGGAGUCACGACGCACGACGCAGCGCGGCUCGUCAUGACCUGAAGUGAAUCACCACGGGAUUGCUUUAGUGACGUGAAAUUUAGGUUGGCUGCAAUUAGGCAUGGCUUGUGCGCCGCAUAUUUACCAGCAGCUGUAGCCAUAGCUGCUUUUUUCCCCCCUCCACCAUUUUCAUCACCAUUUUCUUUUUGCUUAUUGUUUUUCUCUGAGUCAUUUUUAUAAAAUGUAGCAGCUUUGCAUCAAAAGACAUUUCACUACAUCCGGAACUUGCGCAAACUAUCUUGCGCUGUAUUGCAUUUUCCCCCCUAUUAAGUAAAGAGCGUGGCUGCUCUGCGCCGGUCAAGUGUUUGCGGAUUUUUUUCUGAACACGGCGCUUCAUGCUUCGUGCACCUGUGGACGCCUGCAAAGGAGGAAGCGAGGACGCCUUUUGUGAUUUCUUUUAUUUUUUUUACCCACCCCACGCUCACACACGCACAUACGAGGGUCGGUUUAUUUGUAGUGUCUUUCCAGCAAAUUAAAGCGUCUGUCGGAUGCACGGCUGUAUUUCAAGCAGUCUGAAAGGUCUGGUCAGAUUCAGCACCACAUCGGCUCUGAACAGCUCCCGGUCGUCGCGUGUGGAUGGGCUCUGUCGGUCUCCGCGCCUCCUGCAGCUCCUAACUACCGGCAACAAUGGCAUCACACGGGUUCUGGUCUCUUGGCGGAGAUAAUGCGGGGGCCAAUACCGGGAGUCAGAGCCCGAGUACGCCCAGGGCUUGGUGCCAAGCAGCGGCCCAGAAAUUAUCCGGAGGAAUUGGAUCGAAAUUAUGUGCGCUGCUAAAUGUCGGGGAGGUGGAGAAACCCGCCGAGCCGGGCGCCAAGCAGCCGCCCCAGACGGAUGCAGGAACCUGCGGCUGCAACAAAUCCUGCAACUGCACCAAAGCUGCUGUGGGCUUCUCCGACCUCUAUUCAACAGACCUGUUACCGGCCACGGACGGUGACACCAAAACGAUGACCUUCCUGCAGGAAGUUGUGGACAUUUUACUGGCCUACAUAGUGGAGUCUUUCGACCGGGAAACGAAAGUUAUUGAUUUUCAUUAUCCGAACGAGCUGCUUCAGAUGAACAACUGGGAGCUGCAGGACGAACCUGCGACUCUGGACGACAUCUUGAUCAGCUGUCGCGCUACAUUGAAAUACGCCAUCAAAACAGCCCACCCCAGGUACUUCAAUCAGCUCUCCACGGGAUUAGACAUGGUCGGACUUGCAGCCGAUUGGCUAACAUCCACCGCCAACACCAAUAUAUUCCUUUGGGGUUGUGUCAGUGGUGCUAUUUCUAACAUGUACGCCAUGCUGCUGGCCCGCUUCAAGAUGUUCCCUGAGGUGAAAGAGAAGGGAAUGUCAUCCGUUCCCAGACUGGUGGCCUUCACAUCCGAACAUAGCCAUUUUUCAAUCAAAAAAGGUGCAGCAGCUCUCGGCAUUGGGACUGAAAGCGUGAUCUGCAUCAAAGCAGAUCAAAGCGGUAAAUUGAUCCCAGCUGACCUUGAGAGGCGAAUACUGGAGGCAAAACAGAAGGGUUUUGUACCUUUCUUCGUAAGUGCGACUGCUGGGACAACAGUGUACGGAGCUUUUGACCCCCUCAUUGCCAUUUCUGACAUUUGCAAAAAGUACAACAUCUGGAUGCACGUGGAUGGAGCAUGGGGAGGAAGUCUGCUCAUGUCCAGGAGACACAGGUGGAAGCUGGACGGAGUUGAGAGGGCCAAUUCAGUCACAUGGAAUCCACACAAAAUGAUGUCUGUCCCUCUGCAGUGUUCUGCCCUGCUGGUCAGAGAGGAGGGUCUUAUGCAGAACUGCAACCAGAUGCACGCCUGCUACCUAUUCCAGCAGGACAAACACUACGAUCUUUCUUACGACACCGGAGACAAGGCGCUGCAGUGUGGACGUCAUGUGGACAUCUUCAAGCUGUGGCUCAUGUGGAGAGCUAAGGGCACCAUUGGGUUCGAGGCUCAGAUUGACAAGUGUCUGGAGCUGUCCGAGUACCUCUACAACAAGAUUAAAGACAGGGAAGGAUACGAGAUGGUCUUUGAUGGCAAACCUCAGCACACCAACGUCUGCUUCUGGUACCUGCCGCCUGGCAUCCGCUACAUGGAGGACAAAGAGGAGAGAAAGAAACAUCUGCACAAGGUGGCUCCCGUCAUAAAAGCCAGAAUGAUGGAGUACGGGACAACUAUGGUGAGCUACCAGCCACAAGGGGACAAGGUCAACUUCUUUCGCAUGGUGAUCUCAAAUCCUGCUGCUACCUUUGAGGACAUCGACUUUCUUAUUGAGGAGAUUGAACGACUUGGCCAGGAUCUAUAAGACACAUCUCUCCAAAUCCUCUUGUACUUUUCCCCUUGACGGAUGAAUUGUUUGUCGUGAAUGUACUGGUAAACUUAUUUUCUUUUCUCUCAAUCUUUCCUCCAAAGUCUCAUAUUUAAGAGUAUAUUUGAGAAAAAAGAUCUGCAGAUAUAUCCAUAUAUUACGUAUUGUAGCUUUGCCGUGGGCUGACUUGGUCCAAAGCUAUGUAAAAGUGCUUCUGUCUGCUUCUCCUGUAGUGUAGUAGAUCCCAGAGUAGUGUAAGUGACGUAACUUUAUAUGUAAUUUUUGUGAUAUGAAAUGCUUGUGCAAUAAGUCGAUGAGAAAGAGUUUAUUUCUCAAUCAUUUCUCAUUUGCCGAGUCCGUUGUUAAGUGCCAAACGUGGUUGUGUUCUAUUGUAACUUUAAAGCAUUUUAAACUUCUCGUUUAAAACAAAAAUAGCACUUCACCUUACCUCAGCUUAAUCAACUGCCUUUACAUCUGCACAUUAUACUCAAAGCAGGACAGAACUCCUUCUCUUACCUGGUGUUGUUACGCAGUGCCAGCACAUGUUAAAGACAUAACCCAGCCAGAGCAGACUGCAUGAUGAAAACGUGAAAACACAGCAGUUCAAAGCAUUUACAAUCAAACCAGUUCACCACCCAUCACCUCUGCCUUUGACAGUUCAACCUGCAGCUCAUGAUGCUGCUCUGCUUAUUGAUUAUUAAGGCUUUUUUACUCUCUUUCUAAUGUGUUUAGGCGAUAAAGGCCUGUAAAACCCAUGUCGCUGGACAUUGUUGGCUUGCUACAUGAAUCCAUCGAAAUGGGAUCCAUUUCCAUCCUUGCUGUAUAAUUAGCUUUGCUCCAUAUGUUAGAAUGAAGAUCGGCCCUUGAGCUAUAAUCCUGAAGUUUCCAGUGUAUUGAACUGCAUUGAAUAGAUUUCAGAUUUUCUGCAGUAGUCAUCAACUGUAUUUGUCUCCUGUUACUGUUGCUAUGUGUGGUAGUAGUACCAGUUGUUUUCCAAAGCAUUUCACCUAACAACCUUAUUUUUUCAUUGCAUAUUUGACAGACUAACUGCUGAAAGCCAAUCUGCUGCUUCCAGGGGCCAUUACAUACAUGUAUCCAUUUCCUUGCACUGAGUAGCACACCAAGGUAGUAGUUGAGUAGACUUUUUUUCUCUUCUUGGAAAGGACACCAACUGUGCACAUGACCAGACAUGUCCAAGGGUCUACAGUUUGCUUUAUGUAGGCUGUGUUGGGAACAUUAGUUUAGUCCAAACAACAUAAUGAGUCUAAUGUAAAUUACUUCAAAUUCUCUUAGAAUUCUCCUUCACCUGUUUACCUUGACCGCUUGACAUUUUCAUUUUAAAGGAGGACAAAUUAGGUAAUUGUUUGACUAUUUGAUCACAAGCCUGAUGUUCCAAUACAGCUCCCAAAUUAAAUUCAUUGCUCAGUAGAGGUAUACCCCAAACACGUAGGAUUACCCACUCCAUCCGAAUGAACAACUUCCUGCCGGCCUGCAUCAUUAAUUCACCUCUUUGAGACUUGAAAAGGCGAAGACACACAAGGAAGCAUGUUGAAAUUUAGUCCUUGCCUUGUUUCUUUUGCACAACACUAUAUGGGAAGUAUGACCAAUUGAUCAUUUAGGCAAAGUGCUACCAAGGUGCCCCAAAGGGCAUCAUAGCCCUAGCUUCACUGCAUGCCCACUGCCAUUUAUAUACAGGGAAUUUGCAGUACUAAAGAUUCACUAUGAAUGGAUCUGUUAUCUAACUUUGUGGAUAUUCCUUGUACAGAGAGUCUAUGUCAAUGUUUGGCAAAAAUGCCUAUAUAUUUUGUUUUAUUUAAAAUGUUACAAAUGAAUUGCUUUUUAGUGCUGGUUGCAGUGAACCUACUGGAACUUGGAUGUUACAGGGUACACGGUGCAUUGCCCAGGUGGCAGUUUAAGUCAUAUCCCCUUUUUCCGCCCCAUCAGGUUCUUUAAUUCCAGUACCAUCUCUGGGCACUGCUCCCAAAGCUUUGUGGCACCGAAUUGCCGCUAGCCUGCCAAACAAAUCAGGACAGAAAUCUUAAGGAUUAUAACUUUAAAUAUGAAAGAAAAGAUUUUCUUUUUGUAGUCACACUUUUGAACGAGCACUUACUGAAAGGUUGUGGAUCUUAAGAAACCAAGAAUUGGGCAAUAAUGGGGUAUUGUUGGGAUAUAGGAUCUUAACCAGAUUUGCAGCUACUGUAUACCUGACAUUACUUGCACUAAAUCACUGUUGGGAGGAGCCGCAUCCCUUAGCAUUGCAACUGAGAUUUUGUCUUUCUGCAUUCACAAGCAAUAUUUGAGUAUGGGUCCAAUAUAGAUAUCUAUAUAUAUAUACAUACGCAUAUAUGUAUCCUGCAUAAUAUCAAAAGGAUCAAUAGUAAAUGAUAAUCAAGUUUCCAGACCAAACCCAUGGUAGUUUGCAAAAAACAAGAACAAAAAAAGAAACCUGGAGUAAAAGCAGGCUUAUCGUAGGCGGGUUAGUUGGAAUGUGAACCCUGAUUUAUCAGGCAGAGGUUCUGUAGCAUUUUCAUUAGAACAAGUUAGAAAAGCACAAUUAUAGCUCAACAUGGUCGGUCAGUGAACAAUCACUUUUGAUCAUAGACUGUAAAUAGUAUUUCAAGAUGUCCUAAGUACAUAUCUUUGUGUAUACAUACGUGUAUAUAAGACAUUUAACCAGAGACUAUUUGUGAGGUAAAGUUCUUCAUAUUUUCUCUAUCUCCAAUAUAGAUUACCUGUAUUUUCAUCCGGUUUGUCCAAAAGGCUUUUUUCCUUGUGUGUAUGUAUGUAUGUAUGUUCGAUACUUGAUUUGUGACUUCUAGCUAUUUCAAAGAUGUGUUUCAGGGACUGGCUUUAAAGAAACUGAUCGAUUUUACUUUGAAAUACUUCCAAGUCUUACUCAGAGACUCGGGUGUUUGGAUUUUCAAUGAAUAUGCAAAGCCAUUUUGACUCUGAAGCGCCGUGUUUUUCGUGCACAAGUGAUACUUGACGGUAUGUGCCAACUGUGUACCUUAGUGUGUUUGUAAGUGUGUUGCCUUAGUAUGAAUUUUUCAGUAUUGUCUAGUUUUCCUCCAAAUGGGAGGUUGUGCACUUUAGAGUAUACACAUGAUCAAAUAACGUGCAAUGUCCGAUGGUUGUCCAUAAGUUGAUGUUUAAAAAAAAAUCUACUACUCAAGAUAUGUAAUUUAAGCUCUUGGGUCUGAAUGUGCACUGAAUCGAGGGUCUGCCAGAAAUGAAAGGAUUUAAUUUUUUCUCAGUUUGUAGAUAUUGUAAAGCUUCUCCUUUAAAUGUUUUACAUCUCAACGGAGAGUUGCCUAAAGUUUCAAAUUUUUACUUUCUGUUUCGCCCCAAACCAAAAUUGGCUUCCACACUGUGACACAGACAGCAUCUGAUUUAUUACAGCGACAAUAAAAUCUCACUUUGGUAGUCUCGGAAAGCCAGACACUUUGUUUCUCUUGCUGCUGCUGCUAGACUUGCUUCCUUUGCACGACAUGCAUGCGAUGCCUUGCCUAUCCAGCUUGUUUGAUAUACAGUCUCCUAUAUAUCUAUUUAUAUCUAUCUCUCUCUCUAUAUAUACAUAUAUACAGUUUGUGUAGCUCCUGUAAUUAGCUUUAGUGUCCGAUGUAUAGCUUAGCUUGUAGAUUAGUGCUGUCGCUCUAGCCUUUACAUGUGAUCUCUGUGUCUUGAGCUUCCUGUAAAGUUUCUUUGUGCCGCCAGCAUGCUAACCUCGCCUAGCAUUGUACUCCUCUCCGCGCUUGAUCUGACUUUCUCUAUCCUCUGUCUUUCUGCUUGAAGACUGUCGCAGCUCUGAACGUAGCGUAUUAUAUCUAUAUGUGUAGUCCCUCAGCAUGUCUUUCUGAAAGCUCCUCUCUGCUCUGCGCCUGUACAACCUUUUUCUCUCUUUCUCUUCCGCUUCGCCCUCUGGUAGCAGUGACAACGUAUCCUCGCGCUUUCCUCUGACGUUUCUCGGCUGCCCGCUGUCGUUCUGUUCGCGUGUCUGAGACGGUGUGUUGGCUUGUGUCAUGGUGCCCACAGUGUCACCGUUUCUGAUGUUUGUUUCACAAAGGCCCUCGACUCUGUGGGAUGUAUGCGAAAUAAAUUUAACUGAGACUUUAACAAAUAUAUAAGGAAAAAAUAGACCCUAGUUUCUUGCUUAUGAGAAAUAUUGUUUGUUUAUAAGAACAGUUAAAACUCCCAGUAUUCAGAGUGCAGAUCAUUUCACUGAAUAUGGUGCAAUUUUGAAUCAUACAUUCUGCAAACUGCUGUGCUGGCUUUAUCAAACGUUCAUUUGUCCUGAACUAUAUGUUGCUCUUGGGAAAAUAGAAAUAAAUAUUGCCAAAACAAA